GACACGUGCACAAGAAGUGGGCUCACCGACAUGUAAGAAUGUGAGCUUUGUUCUGAUUAGUGGGCGACCAAAAGGGGUGUGAUUUUCUCAUGAUUUUUUCCGCUGGCUCCAGUCCUGCUGCAGGGGGGGCAGAGGGAUGGAGCGGGGAGAGCCACAAUAGUCUGAGGUAAAGUCAAAAACAUCGGAUACUGUACCCGAAAAGGCCGAAAUUCAACGCGUUAAUACCUCCAAAGCGUUGUCAUUACAGGUGUCGUGUGUGGCAGGUGUUUUCACCUAGCUAGCUAGCAUGCAUUCCUCACUCAGCCGCGUUAGCUAGCUUAACCUUUGACCUGAAUUCUGUGAUAAAAGUGGGUAAAAAAAUAAAUAAAAUAAAAACUAAUAUUUAACUAAUGUCACCCUGAAAUACAUGUUUAUCUGUAAAGUUCAGGUAAAUUUAUUCUGAAUUUAUUUGGACACCAUGGACGUCUGCGCUAAACCUUUGUGCUACGAGCUCCUGGCUGAAGUCGGGGAAGGCUCCUACGGUAAAGUGUUCAAAGCCAGAGAGGCGGGGCAGAAACAGCGCCUCCUGGCGGUGAAGAAAUUCAAGAUCCGCAGUGACGCGUCAGAAACCGGGAUCCCUCCCGUCAUGAUCCGCGAGGUGGCGCUGCUGCGUAAAAUGAAGUAUUUCAAUCAUCCCAACAUAGUCAAGCUGUUGGAUGCAUCUGUUGUACCAGUGGGCAGGAGUUUGGACCUCACUCUGGUGUUGGAAUACAUUGACCAAGACUUGUCCACCUACCUGUCCAAGGUUCCUGUGUCUGGAUUGAGCCGUGACUGUAUCAAGGAUGUGAUGCAGCAGCUGCUGCGAGGAUUGGACUUCCUGCACACCAACAUGGUGGUGCACCGAGACCUGAAACCAGAAAACAUCUUGGUCAGUAGCCGCGGAGAAGUCAAGAUUGCGGACUUUGGACUGGCACGCAUCUACACCUUCAAUAUCGCUCUCACUCCAGGUGUGGUGACACUGUGGUACAGAGCACCCGAGGUGCUGCUGAACUCCGUUUACAUGUCCUCGGUGGACAUGUGGAGCGCCGGCUGCAUCUUCGCCGAGCUCUUCCUCUUGAGACCGCUGUUUCAGGGAUACACAGAGGCACAGCAGCUGCAAAAAAUCUUUGAGGUGAUUGGUUUGCCCGACGAGGAGGACUGGCCCCAGGACAGCCCGAUCUCAUACUCUGUCAGCUGGGGGCCGAAGGGCUCCUGCACCAAGCUGCUGCCCAGCCUGAGGCCAGACGAGAAGGACCUCCUGUCUCAAUGUUUGACAUUCAGGCCGACCGGUCGCAUCACAGCCGCCAAAGCCCUGGCUCACCCUUUCUUCACGAAGCUCUGAAGAGGGAAACUUCAGCUGCUCCUCUUCCCUCCUCCGCCCACACUGUCAGCUCUGCUAACGAGUCCCGUGCCAUGAAACCCACCGUGCGCACCAGCAUCGUGAGUGUUCAGCUGUGGCCCGCUUUCGGGGUUGCACCUUCUGAACAUCUGUGAAGAGAAAGAACCACAUUAUGCCCGGCUGGCUUUGAUGGCACCAAAUCGAAUUCCAAAAUAUUCAUUCAGAAGACAAAAUCUGAGACAUUUUUGGAGGAUUUGUCCCUGAUGGUUAAAUUUGGCCCUCAUAUGAGCAGAGUAAAAGUAUUUUGUUAUUUGAUUUAUGUAAUGUAGCACUUCUUUGUUGUUGUUGAAUGUUACUAGUAAAAAUAAGGGGAUCCUGUUCUGCUGCAAACUCCUCCUGACCCUAUUAUGGAUGACCUUUGAGUUUAUGAGUUGGUUUAUGUUGUUUAAGAAAAAAAUAAGCUCUUUUUGUUGUUGUUGUACACUUAGACACAUUUGUGAAGGUAUUUAUGGUGUAAUCACUGGAUCAGAUUACACCUGUGUUCAUGUUUGUAUUGGCAGAUCACACAGGAUAUUUUUUCUACAUGUUUUAAUGCUGUUCAUUCGAGAAGCAUUUCUAUAAAUAAUUGUCCCCCA